AUGGCCCUGGCGGUCAUGAUGGCGUGUGGAGCUACUGCGCAGGUUGAUGACAAGAGCCGGACUAACUCCUUAAACGAUUACUUAGGGGCAUACGUAAAUGGCAAGAGAACUGUGUACGAAAAUUCAAAACGGCCGUCACCGCAUCUGGAAAAACACAUAUUCGUCACAAACUCUGCAUAUCUGAAGAACAAAAAGUAUUUGUUGGAGGACAUUCUUGCUAGCUACCAAAGACCACAUCCUGUCAAACCCUAUCUGGAGAAAUUUGUUGAAUAUUUGCAAAGUACGCUUGUAGAAGCAAAAGAAGAUUCUCUUGUUGUAUUCAAACCUAGUGAGAUGUGUGCAAACUCCCUUAAAAUGCUUUGGGGUGUUAUUCACCUUUUGAAGGAACGGCCACACAUCAAACAUGAUACACUCGACAUUCACAGCACAGGAGUGCAUUUUAAAAACCCAACGAAAAACACGAUAGAUAAGCAUAUCAUGGACACUUUGCUGCUGAUAUGCCAACAAAUAUAUGCGCAAUGCUAUACCGAGAUGGAAAUUUUCGUGAAACAAGACCUACCGAAUGAUCACCAGGAAGUAAGCAGCAAUGACUCACCCAGGAGUCUCGGAGACGGUGGUAACACCGUCGGCAGCCAUGAGGCGAUUACGAAAGGUGCUAGCAGUGCUGACAGCAGCGCACUGCCAUCGUCAAGCUGGGCAGACAGCAAGACCGCCCCACUGCGUAUUAAGAGGUCGAUGGAUGCACGGAAGCCCGAGCCGUCGGUAUCGUCACAAGAGCCCGGUCCAUCCGGUGUUAAUCCCGCACCAUCCGACGACGACAAACAACUGCAGCGACAGUUGAGUGAGGGCGAAUCUGGCCCCGCGGAGCAGGACGACGAUAAGCGGUCCCAUAACCCUCCUCACAAUAAGAUAGACGAAAAUAGUGCUGCAGACUGGGACGAAUAUAACGAGUCGUAUUGGAAUGGGAUUAGGAAAUUGCGGGAGGAUAGCGAAUCGAUGGACGAAUCCGGUGAGCCACUCUCCUGGUGGAAACGGUUCCUGAGAUCUAUGCGCAAACGUAGCAGCAUAUAA